ACAUCAAAAGUCUCACACAGGAGAAAAGCCGCAUUCUUGUCCUGAGUGCGGGAAACGUUUUUCAAAGAAAUCUCAUCUCUACAGCCAUCAGAUGACACACACAGGAGAGAAGCCGUAUUCCUGUUCUGAGUGCGGGAAAUGUUUUUCAUAUAAGCCCAGUCUUAACAUACAUCAGAAAUCUCACACGGGUGUAAAGCCGUAUUCCUGUCCAGAGUGUGGGAAAUGUUAUGUGAAUAAACCAGACCUUGUCAUACAUCAGAGGUAUCACACCGGGGAAAAACCGUAUUCCUGUCCUGAGUGCGGGAAAUGUUUUUCAGUUAAGUCACAACCUGUCGCACAUCAGAGGUUACACACGGGGGAAAAGCCAUAUUCCUGUUCUGAGUGCGAGAAAUGUUUUUCUAAAAAGUCCAGUCUUUCCAUACAUCAGAGAUCUCACAUAGGGGAAAAGCCCUAUUCCUGUUCUGAGUGUGGGAAAUGUUUUUUCGACAAGUCCAGUCUUUGCAGUCACCAGAGAGUGCACACUGCUGAGAAGCCGUAUUCCUGUCCUGAGUGUGGGAAAUGUUUUAUACAAAAAUCAGACCUUGUCAGACAUCUGAGGUCUCACACGGGGGAAAAGCCGUAUUCUUGUCCUGAGUGCGGGAAAUGUUUUUCACUUAAGUCUAAUCUUUACACACAUCAGAGAUCUCACACGGGGGAGAAUUCACAUUCCUGUUCCGAUUGUGGGAAAUGUUUUUUACAAAAAUCAGAACUUGUCAGACAUCAGAGGUCUCACACAGGGGAAAAGCCGUUUUCCUGUCACGAGUGCGGGAAAUGUUUUCUUCGGAAGUCCAGUCUUUCCAUACAUCAGAGAUCUCACACGGGAGAGAAGCCGUAUUCCUGUUCCGAUUGUGGGAAAUGUUUUUUACAAAAAUCAGAACUUGUCUCACAUCAGAGAUCUCACACGGGGGAGAAG